GUCCGCACCCGCGGGCGGGCGCGGCCCAGGCGCGGAGCGGCCAGAGGCGCUGGGCGAUCGUAGAGCUUGGCGUCGGGGCCGGGGGCACCGGCAGGCCCGGAGGCCGCGAUGAAGGCGAGCGGCGAAGACGGGGAGGCGCCGGCCGGGGGCCCGUGGGAGGAGUGCUUCGAGGCGGCGGUGCAGCUGGCUUUGCGGGCGGGACAGAUCAUCAGAAAAGCCCUUUCUGAGGAAAAACGUGUCUCAACCAAGACGUCGGCCGCGGACCUGGUGACAGAGACGGACCACGUGGUGGAGGCCUUGAUCCUGCAGGAGCUGCAGACCAGAUUUCCCUCCCACAGGUUCAUUGCAGAGGAGGCUGCAGCUGCCGGGGCCAAGUGCGUGCUCACCCCCAGCCCCACCUGGAUCGUGGACCCCAUUGACGGUACCUGCAACUUUGUGCACAGGUUCCCGACUGUGGCGGUGAGCAUUGGCUUUGCUGUGAACCAGGAACUGGAGUUUGGGGUGAUUUACCACUGCACGGAGGAGCGGCUGUACACGGGCCGGAGGGGCCAGGGUGCCUUCUGCAACGGUCAGCAACUGCGCGUCUCCGGGGAGACAGACCUGUCCAAGGCCCUGGUUCUGACAGAAAUUGGACCCAGACGGGACCCCGCGACCCUCAAGCUGUUCCUGAGCAACAUGGAGAGGCUGCUCCACGCAGGGGCCCACGGGGUUCGUGUCAUCGGCAGCUCCACCCUGGCGCUCUGCCAUCUGGCUGCAGGCACCGCCGACGCCUACUACCAGUUUGGCCUGCACUGCUGGGACCUGGCCGCAGCCACCGUCAUCAUCAGGGAAGCCGGGGGUGUUGUGAUGGACACGUCAGGCGGGCCACUGGACCUCAUGUCAUGCAGGGUGGUUGCUGCAGGCACGCGGGAGAUGGCGGUGCUCAUUGCCCAGGCCCUGCAGACAAUUAACUACGGGCGGGAUGAUGAGCGGUGAGGGGAGCAGACACAGGGCCACCCUGGAUGGGGCCUACCGGGAGCCUGGAGCUGGCGGGACCCUGAACAACAGGGAUUCCUGAUCCCCAGAGGAGCUGUCAGGCCGAGCCUGGCUGUCCGGCUGAGCCCGUGUCUGGGCGCCUUUGCUGUCUGGUGUCUUCUCUCUGUGACCUCACAUCAGGUUAGUCCAGCCAUCCACCAGGGCCGGAACCCAGAUCUCACAGGACAUAUGUACUGAUAACUGCAAUCAUGAUUUUGUUUCCAGAAUGCAAAUCUCAGGUGAUAAGGCUUUAGAACUGCUGAUAAAGCAGGAUUGUUCUCAGCACCCCUCCCUGGCCCCCCAUUACACUUCAGAAUACAAUAAACCAAGUGAUGCCACUCUG